CAGAUCAGGUGUUGAAAUUAAUCAUGCGAAUCAGACCCAUCACCUGGAAACUCGUUUUGGUGAGCCACCAUAUACACACCUCUCUUUACUGGCACGCCACCCAUGCUAACUCGCUUGUACUAGUUGCAUAUAUAUAUAGUGAUGUGUGUGUGGCUAUGUGUUCGAUCACAAGUACUACUUUCUUUCUCAGAUUCUAACUAAAGCAAUUGUGUCAGUAAGUAGCCAUUAUGGGCAGAGUGAUGUUUUGGUUUCUUGUUUCCAUGUAUCUAUGCCUCAUUGGCCAUAUGAUUGGUGAGGCUGCAAGAGAAGGUGCCAUGAUGAGUGAAGCAAAAUCCCAUGAGAUGGGAAAGAGUAACCGACACGUAACCGGGUUUAAGGGUGAACUCACAGCUGGCGGCUAUGGGGGCGGGGAUCCAGGGUAUGGUGGAUACGGUCCAGGUGGUGGUGGUGGUGGUGGUGGUGUUGUGAUUGGUGGUGGAUUUGGUGGUGGUGGUGGUGGUGGUGUGGGUUGGGAUGGAGGAAACAGAGGAGGCGGUCCGGGAUACGGGUCAGGUGGUAUUGGUGGUGGAGUCAUCAUUGGCGGCGGCGGUGGUGGUGGUGGUGGGUGUGGCGGUUCAUGCGGUGGUGGUGGUGGAUAUGGACACCUUGAAGCCAGCAUGAUGAAAUCAAGAAAAAACUAGAAAAAGCAAGCAGUUUCUUUAGAUCGUAGAAGGAAAAAGGGAAGAAAUAAGGAUGUACUUUAGCAUCUUGAUCAUGCUUAGGAGUUUGUAAUGUGGUGUCACGUUUAAUGAAAUAAGAGUUUUAUUUGGUCUUUUAAAAGUUU